AUUGAAAACGUUAAUCAGUUCAUAUCAAGCUCAGAAGAAAUUAUUACCACCCGCGCUAUAGUCAGCGAUCAGUCGCUUAUAGCACGUUCGCUGAAAUUUUAUUGACAGCCAGUAACCGUAACGAUUAAUCGAUUAUUCGCUUAAAAUGUCCUAGUGCUAUUUAUCUGUGAGUGAAUUAAUUAAAAUGUCUACAACAUGGAUCCCACCGGAUGUGGCACCAGUUUGUGCUACAGCGCAAGCUCCUUUAACCCAAUGCUCCCACAGUGGAUAUGUGUUCCUAGCUUUAGUGAUGCAGUUAUUCGGAAAAUCCAUUGACGAUAUAUAUUCAAAGGUUAACCCAUAUUCGAGUACACAUGAUACAUAUUACUCGAAUGUACGGUUCCCAUCACACCCGCCUGUUUCCGAAACAUUCAGAAUUCCGUACUCGACGCAGCAGUCGAAUUUCGACUUACACCCACCACAUGUAGAUUCUACAUUGGGAAAGCAAUAUUCAAGUUUAAAUUUUCCGAAAUUCGAUUUCGAAGAUUCUUAUAACGGACGGUAUUCGAAUAAGGAACCGAUUUUCGAAUUUAAUUUUGAAAGACCUUAUGAUUCAGAUUUGGCGGGUUCUAAGAAGGUUGAAGUUAAGGAACAGAUAAAAAAAGAGAAAAUUAAAAAGCACAGAAGAAAAAGGGACAUCGGUGACUAUGAUUUUAUAAUCGUUGGUGCUGGGUCAGCGGGCUGUGUUAUAGCAAACAGAUUAUCAGAAGUGAAGAAAUGGAAGAUUUUACUGCUAGAAGCCGGCCCAGAAGAACCAGACGUCACAAGCGUGCCAUCCCUAGCGCCAACCCUGGGCAACUCCAAUAUCGAUUGGAUGUACAGAACGCAGCCAGAAAAAUUGACCUGUCUCUCGCAGAGAGGCCAAACUUGCGCUUGGUUCAGAGGUAAGACAAUGGGAGGUUCAAGUGCGACAAACUACAUGGUAUACAUUAGGGGCAAUCGAUUGGAUUAUGACGAAUGGGCUGCAGCUGGCAAUCAUGGAUGGAGCUAUCCAGAGGUCCUACCCUAUUUCAAGAAGUCAGAAAAUAAUAGAGAUAUAGAAGCCCACGACAGAUAUUAUCACGGCGUGGGCGGUCCUCUGAACGUAGAAAGAUUCCCUUAUGUUGACAUCCCAACGCUAAUGCUCCUCGAAGCUUUCAAAGAAAAAGGCCUUCCUGUCACAGAUCUCAAUAGAGAGAGUAACUUUGGAACAGAUAUAAACGCUUCAACUUCCAAAGAUGGUCAAAGACAAUCCACCAACGUCGCAUUUAUAAGACCCAUACGUCGUCAAAGACCCAACUUACACAUAAUCACACAUGCAUUUACAAGUAAGAUUAUUAUAGAUCCAGUUACCAAAACUGCGCUAGGAGUAGAAUACUAUAAAGAUGGUAUUUUAUACAAAGUCUUCGCUAAAAAAGAAGUUAUAAUGAGCGCUGGUUCAAUAAACUCGCCAAAGAUUCUUAAACUAUCUGGUAUAGGUCCUAAGCAUGAGCUGGAAAGUCUUCACAUACCAGUUUUAGCAGAUUUAAAAGUUGGAUAUAAUCUGCAAGAUCAUGUUACAACUGACGCUUUGAUUGUCUCAUUAACAAAUAAGACAUCUACUUUAGUAAACAGUGAGCAAAUGUUAAGUGAACUUUACAAAUAUCACGAUCAACACAUGAAGAAGACCGGUCCUUUAGCCACUACUGCUACAUUAAAUAGUAUCGGAUUUAUCAAAACGAGCGUUUCUAGAGACAACGCACCAGACAUUCAGUUUCAUUUUGACGGACGUAAUGUUGCUGAAUUUUAUUCAGAUCCCACUUCAUACGUAGCGUCAAAUAUAUUUCCUCUAGCGUUUUAUGAUGGUAUGGCAGCAAGACCUUUACUACUGACACCUAAAAGUAGAGGACUUGUUUUGCUAAAUCAAACAGACCCAGUAUUUGGAGCUCCCUUGAUUUAUCCAGGUUUCUUUCAAGUUCAAGAAGAUGUAGACGCGUUAGUUGAAGGCAUGAAGUUCGCUGUUAGUCUAGAAGAAACAGAAGCAUUUAAACUGAGUGGUGCUUCGUUUGUAAAAAUACCGGUAGAAGGUUGUACUCAGUAUUUGUGGGGAACGUACGAUUAUUUUGUGUGUUUAUUGACUCAUUACACAUCUACAAUCUAUCAUCCAGUAGGGACGUGUAAGAUGGGACCAUCGUGGGACAGGGAUGCUGUUGUAGAUCCAAGACUACGAGUAUAUGGGAUAAAAAAAUUGAGAGUUAUUGAUUCAUCUGUUAUGCCUAAAAUAGUUAGAGGUAACACCAACGCCCCAACAAUUAUGAUAGCUGAAAAAGCUUGUGAUAUGAUUAAAGAAGAAUGGAUAUCGCAUAAAUAUAAAUAAAAUAAUAGAGAACAAUGAUUUUAAAGUUUUUCAGGUUUCUAUAAAUUCAUUAAGGAUUGUAAUUUAAUAUGAGUCAUAAGUUUUAUGGCUUUGCUGAGGUGAAUCCUUUCCAAGUAGACUUUAGUAGUGAUUAUAAUUGAAAAUUUAGUUCAUUUCAAUUUAAUUUAGGAACAAUUAUUAAUAUUAUUUCGCGUGA